GAAGAAGAAGAGAGUCACUGUGGAUGAUAUUCUGAAAAGUCAGUUCAAGGUGUAGUGAAAGCCAAAAAGCAAAUAGAAUGGCAGAAAUUAUCAGGACUGAAGGUGGACUGUAGCAUGUCUGCCUGCACAAACUGUUAAUGCCAUCAGGAUGGUCCCAUGCUUCUUGAAGAUGGAACUCUCUUUAAGAUUACUCAAGGUGUUCACUACUGUUAACCAUCUGAAACCAUAGUUUUCCAUUGCUCACUUCCUACUAUACUUGCUGUACACCGGGGUAAAUAACUGAUGACCAGUGUCUGAAAAAAAGAAAAGCAGCUCCUCAGCAUCUGCAGGGAUAGAGGAGAACCUGUUGCUUUUUAUUUGGAAGUACAUUCAAAGAAGUUGCAUGUGCUAAAAAUUGGCCAGAUAUCCUUGGCUUGCAGAAGGCAUCUCAAAAUGUUGUGUCGAGCUGCUCUGAGCCCCCUUGUCCGCUCCCCUGGAUGGUGCUUUGUGUUAUCGCCACAUGCCAUUGCAGCCAUUUCACGUUUAUAUCUCCCUCGCCAUAACCAAAGAUUAAGGAAUGAAUCCAUCCGUUGUUGGAGCAGCAUCCCAUUUAUCACUAUGCCACUCAGCCGUGCACAUGGAAAAUCAUUUGCGCACCGUAGUGAGCUGAAGCAUGCAAAGCGGAUUGUAGUGAAGUUGGGUAGUGCUGUUGUGACUCGAGGGGAUGAGUGUGGCUUGGCGCUUGGGAGGCUGGCAUCUAUUGUAGAGCAGGUGUCUGUGCUGCAAAAUCAGGGCCGGGAGAUGAUGAUUGUCACCAGUGGUGCUGUAGCCUUUGGGAAGCAGCGAUUGCGUCAUGAGAUCUUGCUUUCUCAGAGUGUGAGGCAAGCGCUUCAUUCAGGCCAGAGUCAGCUGAAAGAUAUGGCUAUUCCAGUCUUGGAGGCCCGAGCCUGUGCAGCAGCUGGCCAGAGUGGAUUGAUGGCUCUGUAUGAGGCCAUGUUUACUCAGUACAGCAUCUGCGCAGCUCAGAUUUUAGUCACCAACCUGGAUUUCCAUGAUGAACAGAAGCGUCGGAACUUAAAUGGAACAUUGCAUGAGCUUUUAAGAAUGAAUAUCGUCCCUAUAAUUAACACUAAUGAUGCUGUUGUUCCUCCUCCAGAGCCAAACAGUGAUCUGCAGGGGGUAAAUGUGAUAAGUGUGAAGGAUAAUGACAGUCUGGCAGCACGACUGGCUGUGGAAAUGAAGACUGAUCUCCUGAUUGUUCUCUCAGAUGUAGAAGGACUCUUUGACAGCCCUCCAGGAUCUGAUGAUGCAAAGCUAAUUGACAUAUUCUACCCAGGAGAUCAGCAAUCUGUGACAUUUGGAACUAAAUCUCGAGUAGGAAUGGGAGGCAUGGAAGCCAAGGUGAAAGCAGCUCUAUGGGCCCUCCAGGGAGGCACCUCUGUAGUGAUUGCAAAUGGAACCCACCCAAAGAUCUCUGGUCAUGUCAUCACAGACAUUGUGGAAGGGAAAAAAGUUGGAACUUUUUUUUCAGAGGUAAAACCUGCAGGUCCUACAGUAGAGCAGCAGGGUGAAAUGGCUCGAACUGGUGGCAGGACCCUGGCCGCUCUACAGCCUGAGCAGAGAGCAGAAAUUAUUUAUCGUCUUGCUGACUUACUGACUGACCAGAGAGAAGAAAUUCUCUUGGCAAACAAAAAGGACUUAGAAGAGGCUGAAAAUAAAGGGAGAUUGGCCCUUCCAUUGUUGAAACGUCUGAGUCUGUCUACAUCGAAGCUGAACAGCUUGGCUAUUGGUCUGCGUCAGAUUGCGGCAUCCUCACAGGACAGCGUUGGCCGUGUAAUUCGCCGAACACGAAUAGCAAAAGACCUGAAUUUGGAGCAGGUGACAGUGCCUAUUGGCGUCCUUCUUGUGAUCUUUGAGUCCCGACCUGACUGCCUUCCACAGGUGUCUGCUUUGGCCAUAGCCAGUGGAAAUGGCCUACUUCUUAAAGGAGGGAAGGAGGCAGCACAUAGCAAUCAAAUCCUUCAUCAUCUGACGCAAGAAGCACUCUCCAUUCAUGGAGUCAAAGAUGCAGUGCAACUAGUGAACACAAGAGAAGAAGUAGAAGAUCUCUGUCGUUUGGAUAAGCUGAUAGACCUAAUCAUUCCACGUGGUUCAUCACAGCUAGUCAGAAAUAUCCAGAAAGCUGCUAAGGGAAUCCCAGUGAUGGGACACAGUGAAGGGAUCUGUCAUGUGUAUGUGGACACAGAUGCCAGCGUUGAGAAGGUUACACGAAUAAUCAGAGACUCAAAGUGUGAAUAUCCUGCUGCCUGUAAUGCUUUGGAAACUCUCUUAAUUCAUCGAGACUUGCUGAGAACCCCGUUGUUCGAUCAAAUCAUAGACAUGUUGAGAGUAGAACAGGUGAAGAUUCACGCUGGCCCAAAGUUUGCAUCUUACUUGACGUUCAGCCCUUCAGAAGUGAAAUCUCUCCGCACAGAAUAUGGGGACCUGGAGUGCUGCAUUGAGGUGGUGGACAGUGUCCAAGAGGCUGUUGAACACAUCCACAAGUAUGGAAGUUCUCACACAGAUGUUAUCAUUACAGAGAAUGAGGAAACAGCAGAGUUCUUCCUCCAGCAUGUGGACAGCGCAUGUGUUUUCUGGAAUGCCAGCACCCGAUUCUCUGAUGGCUAUAGAUUUGGACUUGGUGCUGAAGUGGGAAUUAGUACUUCUCGUAUCCAUGCACGUGGACCAGUGGGAAUUGAAGGACUCUUAACUACAAAGUGGUUGCUGAGGGGGGACAAUCACGUUGUUUCUGACUUCUCGGAGCAUGGGAGCAUGAAGUAUCUUCAUGAGAGCCUGCCUCUCCCUCAGAGAAAUACCAACUGAGAACAUGAGGGCAGCGGGAAGCCCCAGGGCUAUAAAUAGUUCCUGGAGAUGUUCAGACUUCAGGGCACUCUGGAGAUGGAGUUUAGUUUUCAUCCUCAGGAACAUUGUUCUCAGUCACUCCACAGUACAACAAAUACCAAAUUAUCCUAUCUGUGAGAUUAUUUUUUUAUUUCUGACUCUGUUUCUUAGUGUUUGCAAACUGACCUGACUUCUCCCAGAGAUAGAAUUCUUCAAAACACAGGUAACUAAGGGAAGAUUUAAAUACCUGCUGCGUUCUUUUUGUAUCCUGUUACUCAUAGCAAAUAUGCUUAGUGGCAGAGCAUCAGUUUUUUCUAAGUCUUUGUGCUGUUCAGCUGCUGUCUGUUCUGAGAACAAGGCAGAUAGCUGCUGGAGUUCUGUUUGGUUGGUUUUUGUUUUGUUUUGUUUUUCUCCCUUCUGCCUUAUGGUCAAGGCAGCUCUUGAAAGCCAGAAAGCUUUACACUUUCAUUCUUUGUAUUUGAUUACUCUUGUGAUAAGAGCAUAGGUGUUUCAAAUGCAUAAGCUUUUGACCAAGAAACCUUUUAUAUCUCAUUUCUUUGUAUUGAUUACUAUUGUAGAUAAAUAACGCAACUGUCUCCCAUGUGAACUUU